GAAGCUAGGCGGCUGUGCUGCUUCAGCUACCGGACGGCGGCGGCGGCGGCGGCGGCGGCGACGACGGGGAGGACUGUGGCGGUAACGGCGGCGGGGACAGGCGCUGCCCUCUGGGAGCCGCAGCGGCGUCGGCAGCCGCUCGCACCGCUGAAGAGGGGCCGGCCGGGCCAGAAGCCGAGCAGCUGCGCCACGGGUGGCAUUGUGUGUCCCGGCGUGCGGGAGCCAGUCCCCGAAGAGAGGCGAGGCUGAGCCCAGAGCGCUGGGUCGCUUCAGCAGGGAAGACUCCCUUCCCCCCUGCUCCAGGCUGCUGAGCCCUGAGCCCCGCUCAGAAUGGAAGCCAUCGCCAAAUAUGACUUCAAAGCCACCGCAGACGACGAGCUGAGCUUCAAAAGGGGGGACAUCCUCAAGGUUUUGAAUGAAGAAUGUGAUCAGAACUGGUACAAGGCAGAGCUCAAUGGGAAAGACGGCUUCAUCCCCAAGAACUACAUAGAAAUGAAACCACAUCCGUGGUUUUUUGGCAAAAUCCCCAGAGCCAAAGCAGAAGAAAUGCUCAGCAAACAGCGGCAUGAUGGGGCCUUUCUUAUCCGAGAGAGCGAGAGUGCUCCUGGGGAUUUCUCCCUCUCCGUCAAGUUUGGAAAUGAUGUGCAGCACUUCAAGGUGCUCCGAGAUGGGGCUGGAAAGUAUUUCCUCUGGGUGGUCAAGUUCAACUCUUUGAAUGAGCUGGUAGAUUAUCACAGAUCUACAUCCGUCUCCAGAAACCAGCAGAUAUUUCUCCGGGACAUAGAGCAGGUGCCACAGCAGCCGACAUACGUCCAAGCCCUCUUUGACUUUGACCCCCAGGAGGAUGGAGAGCUGGGAUUCCGUCGGGGAGACUUUAUCCACGUCAUGGAUAACUCAGACCCCAACUGGUGGAAAGGGGCUUGCCACGGGCAGACCGGCAUGUUCCCACGCAAUUAUGUCACCCCCGUGAACCGGAACGUCUAAGAGUCAAGAGAUUAUUUAAAGAAAGCAAAAAAUUUUAAACACACACAAAAGAAUUAAACCCACGAGCUGCCUCUGUCAGCAGCCUGUGAGGGAGCUCAGAGCACCUGGCUGGGUCACCUGGUGACCGGCUCACUUUGGUUGGAACUCGGGGGGGUGGGAGGGGGAGUUGGAUAUAACAAUGCCAAAACUUACCUAUAAAUUAAGAAAAGAGUUUUUAUUACAGAUUUUCACUGCUGCUCCUGCUCUUCCUCCUCUGUCCUUUUUUCAUCCUUUUUCCUCUUCUGUCCAUCAAUGCAUGACAUUUACUGCCACAUAUAGUCCUAGCUGAUGCCAAUAAUAAAAGAAAAGAAACCA